CGCAAAUCCGUUGAUAUUACAAAGUUAAUAACAGAGAUAACAUAUAUCGGUAUAUUGAAUACAUAGUAAAAAAAAAACACUUGAUAUUAAUAUUUCAAACAAUAAAUUAAUAUUUUUCUCGGUAGCCGGCUGCCCAGAUCAACCAAUAUAACCAAAUAAUACGUUUAAUAAAUAAUGAAAAUAAUAAAGCAGAAAUAAUACAGAAACAAGACGCGCGUGAAAUCUGUUGACAUUUAUUUGGUGAUUUAAAAUGAUUCUAUAACAACUGUUUAGAAUAUGGCAAUGCAAUGAAUCAACAAUUAACUCGGGAAGCCAGUGAGUUUAGUGGUGCAUCCGAGGAUCUUGAAACCGGAACAUACUGAGUCGCGCGCGCAUAAUACCAAUACUGAAAUUUUUACUAACAAAUAUCCUUCUCCCGUGACACAGUAGUAUACACGUUUUAUCCGUAUAUACACGGCCUCUAGUAACAACAAGUUUUGGGCUAACAUUCCUUCCCUUUCCUUAGACGAUCUACGUUCGGGCCUGGCCAGCGCCGGUACUGAUCAAUGAAUUCUGGGGUAACCAGAAAAUGUACAUGAUGAUUUCUUAGUCUCAGGUUGGAUCAUCUAGAUAUUCCCUGUACAAUUUCAGCUAAUCCCUAUCAGUAACGGAGUAGCAACCAGGGGUGGUCGCUCAAGCUCAUUUUUUGUAAUGGUCUGGAUGGUGGUGAGGCCAAUUUAUUCGCUUCACUAUUUCGAAUAUAGUAAUUCGUCGGCAAUAUAAUAGCCUGGGUCGGUCUCGGAUUCUUCGAAUGGUUAAGUCUGAAUUAUUUGUGCGUAAGACUUCUUGAUUGUCUAAGAUAGUUUUAGUUGAAAUAGUAGAAGUGACGGGGUGAUUACCUUGAUAGGCUAAAAAUUUGUCUUGGAAUUGUUCGGAUGAGAGUAGCCACAAAACAUAAAAUUUCACUGUGAGACAAAUCGAAGAUCACCAAACUAGAGCGAUAGUUGUUCGUAAGAAUCGGUUCAUUCGAAAAUAAAUAAAUAAACCAAUAUAAAUUCAAAUAUGCUAACCAUCAUAACACUUCAGUUUAAAUUUAUUGGCCGUCAAUUAAAAUACCUUCAUAUUUCUCUCUCGGUCAUCAGCUGCCUAGAGAUUGAAGAACAAAAACUAUAGGUUUUAAAACCAAGAUUGCGUUGGGAUUCGAUUGGUUUCAAAUCGAUUGACUACCGUCCAGAGAAUUUGAACUGUACUGGAUGCAUGUCACUUCUAAAUGGAAACAACACCAUUUUAUCCUUUUCCUUAUCCUGAAUUUUGGUUCCAACUUGCUCGCAUUUUGAUUCAAUUUUUCACUAUUUCAAAACUUUUUUUUACAGAUCAAGAAGCUUUCGAGUUUUAAGAAUUAGUUUGACUACUUGGUAAUUUUCCCAGAACACAUAUUGUUAGAAGUUAUUGUUGUCAAAUUUGCGAGUUCAUCGGUAGUGAUUAAACAAGUAAUUUUGAAAAUUCGAAAAUGGAAUUGAAAAAGAUCAAUCAGGAAAUCCCUAUCAGCUACUGGCAGUGUCUUCUGCUGGACGUCAAAUCCCGCAUGAAGCAUUUACUGGAAACCGAGACAAUGGGUGACUGUGAGUUUUUGGUUGGCAAAGAGCCGACACCGGAGAGAAUCAUCGCACACAAAUUUGUCCUCUCGGUGGCAUCCCCGGUUUUCGAGACUAUGUUUUAUGGAUCGCUGGCUGACAAAAAGAACGAAGCUAUACGCAUUCUGGAUAUUGGUGUCGAUGAUUUCAAAAAAAUGAUGACAUAUAUUUACACGGAUAAAACUGAAAUUGGCUCUUUGACUGAAGCAAUGAACAUUUAUUGCGCAGGUCACAAAUACCUGCUGACGGGACUCCGUGCGGAAUGCCGAGCAUAUAUGAAGGCAAAUAUAAAAGCUGAUAACGCCUGCGUUAUUUACGAAUUUUCCAAAUUUUAUGAAGAAUCUGAUUUAAUGAGUGAAUGCCUUACUAUGAUGCGAAAACAAACAAGUGCGGUGAUCACCAGUAAUGGAUUUUUGGACUCUGACCUCAAUACUGUAAUAACCAUAUUGAAUCAAAAUGAAUUGAGUGUUCCAUCAGAGAUCGAUCUUUUUAAAGCCGUGAAGCAAUACGCAGCUAGGAAUGGUAUUUCGCGUGCAGAACAAAAAUAUGUAAAGAAAGUAAAGAAAGAUGGCCCAACUAUUCUUGAUGCCCUACACCGUAUCCGUUUCCGUGUGAUCGCGGAUUCAAAUGAGCUCGCUCGCGAGUUCCUCGGAACGGAGCUCUUGACAAAGUCUGAAGUCGCAACCAUUUUGUUGUGCGUUUCGCUGAAGGAAGCGAAACAUUAUGUUAUGCCUGAGGGAUUUUCGUCCAGUUUGAACCCACGAAUCAACCCAAAUGUUGCUAAAUCUAGUUAUAAUAGAGCUUAUGGGCACAAUUGCCCUACAUGCGGACGUUACUAGCGAAGCUAGAGUAACAUUCAUUAUAUUUUUGUUUUUUAGAUUCACCGGAUUUUAAUUACUUUCGGAAUAUUGUUCGUGUUCGGUUGCUCAUUCAUAAUUGAUUAUUCAUGUUAUUGCAACAAUUAUUUGAUAAU